AAAGGUAAAUGAAACAUGAGCUUCUUGCAAAUGAAAGCUUCUUCUCCUCUCCCUAGCACGAGCUACUUCUCUCCGUGGCUGCUACUUCUGCUUCUUCCGCCGCUGCCGCCGUUGUGUCGCACAAUCUCUCUCUCAUCCCUUGCGUUGCACGAGAUCCCUCCAGCGCCGCUCUCGUCGCAUCUACUCCCAUGGUCGCAGAGCUCUCUCUGCCGCUGCUCUCAUCGCAUCUGCUCCCUCUAGCUCCUCUUCCAUCUAAUCUCAACUCACUCUCUCGGUUCUUCUCAUAACCAUCUCAAAUUUCAGGUUUAUCAUACUCUGCUUUUGUGCUUUUUUAUCCGACGAUAUCCCCUCCAAGCCUCUUCGCAUUUCGUUAUGAUUGUUUUCUGUUUGUUCGGUUCUGAUUUGGAAUCGUUAAAUUGGGGAAUUUCGUGAAGGUUCAAACAUGGAGCAACUUCUUGAGAAGGUAGUUGUAGAUAGGAAUGUGUGUUUUUUCUGGUUGUUGCAGAUAAUGUCUAUGCAGUCAAGGAGUGACAGCGUUAACACUUCUCUUUUUGACAAAAGGGAGCACAUAGAGAAGCUGCAUCGUACUUGCAAUCUUCUCCGUAAAGUUCAGGUCCCUCCGAUGGGGUUAUUUCCCAACUGUCUUGUGCAACAACAAGUUCUUUAUCCAUUCUGGAAGCAGGUUGGUGGAACUAUUUUGUCUGCAAAACUUGCAAAAGAGAGAGGAUGGGCCAUUAACAAGUGGAGCAAGGGAAAGCAAAAGGAGAAGGUGAACAACCAGGUGCUAUUUGAUCAGGGUACUUAUGACAAGCUCCUCUCUGAAGCUCCCAAAUUCAAGCUCAUCACUCCUUCUAUUCUCUCUGAUCGUUUGAGGGAGGGUCUUGUGGAGAUAAGGGAAGACUAUAUAGAAGAUUCUCACAAAGGGGAAACUAAAUCAGAAUUUGAAGGAAUUCUCAUGAGCCACCCUUCUAUUGAAGAUGCAGCUGUUGUCCCGCAAAAAGAUGAUGUAGCUGGUGAAGUUCCAGUUGCUUUUGUGGUGAGGUCAUCAAAUGAUCCUAUUUGAUCCUAUUACUGAAGAUGCUGUCAAGGACUUUAUAGCUAAACAGGUACAAGAACUGAAAUUGGAACCUUCAUGACUCCACCACCAAAUUGGAACCUUUAAGGGAUGUGAACCUUUUUGGUCCUUGGCUGAAUAAACAAAGUGCAACUGCAGGAGUAGCUCCUCUCACAAGUCACAACAACAGCAUCAUGCUUGAAUGAGGAAAAUUAACUCUUGAUUUGUAAUUUGCUUGAUCUAUUGAAAAUUCUGAUAAGAACCCCCUCCUAAUUGUGGAGUGGAGUUGAAUUUUAGCAUCCUGAAGUAGCACUUUAGGGAUUAAUUUAAUGAUAUGAUUAUAUUCAUAGGAAAGUAACUAUAAUGAGGAACUUGUUUAUUGGGAUGGUCAUCUUAUUUUUUUGGGGUAUCUUUUUAUUGAGACAGUGAGAUAUUGACUAAUGGUGUUGAAAAAUAACAUCCAAUUUUAUAGGUAUCAUGUAAUGAAUAUUAUGUUUAUUUAUGUGAUUUUUGGCUUUCUAU